AUGUGCUCACUAUCUACCACAACCAUGUGCAAGCGUCUGGCGGUGAGCAGGCCCGAAAACACCUUUUACUCGGGACACACAACACUUGAAGAGUUGUCGAUCGGCCUUGGAGCUUCGGACGGGUUUGGCCGAGAGGGUCGGAGUCAAAUUUCCCACCCACCGUGGAGAUUGCGCGCUGUCGCCGCUAAAAGCGGGGAUCCCGGACGAACCACAACGAAGAUGCUUUUCGAAGCCCAAACCUGCGCAACACCCGCAUCAGAGCGCAAUCUUAUGGAUGCAGACAGCCCUGCAGUUGUGACCAAUGCGCAAUCGGCUGUCAUCUUUGCCCUUUUGGGUCGUUGA